CAAAAAGUGUUUCAGUCAAGUGAAUAUGUCCUUUUUUUAAAUUGCCAAUGUUUUGGAACAACAUCGGAUAUCUUCGAAAUUCUAAAUUAUUAACACUAUGGAUACCUAAAGAUUCUCGCCCAAAAUUAUAACUAAAAUGAAUCCUGCACAGAAACCCAUCUAUCCGCAACUAGUGUUAGGACCAGCACAAAUUCGGUAUGGAUCAUACAUUGCAGUGUGGUACCUACGAAAGCGUUCCGAUGAUGGUCUAUAUUUAGAAACAACACUUUUACCAGAUAAGCACCAUUAUCGUCACAUACUAAAGAAAUCGGAUACGGCAAUGCCAUACUUAUUAUACGAAUACACAGAUUAUUUCGAGAAUACGCCAAAAGAUCCGAGAAAGAUACCAAAAAGAAAAUUUGAAGGCCAUAAAAAAAAUCCACCAGCUCCAGAUACAACACCUAAUCGAAAUAUUAAGAAAAUGAGAAGGCUUCUAUUUGAAGAUGAAAAUACAACGAGAACUGAAGUAUCUCUUCCAUCAAGUAAAGAUCGAGUUAGGAAACCUCGUAAGCAGACGAGAAGAAAGUUAUACGUGGUGGCCAACAAAGAAGACCAGGCAUCUACGAGUCAGCAGCCUUCGGAAUUUAGUGUGGUUACAAACGCAGCAGAUUUAAAAGACAUAAGUUUAUUAGAAUUGAGUGAGGAUGAGUCAAUUUGAAAAUCAAGAAAUAACUUGUAAUCUUCUUUAGUAUCAGAAUAAAACAUAUAUUAAUAGAAAUAAGUAUUUUAUGCAACCAAUAGCGAAUGAGUAGACAAAAGUGGUAACAUCAA